AUGCUGAUGGAAAAAAGUGAGGGGAGAGAUGCUGAUGAUGAAAACCUACCACGGGUCAUCAGCCAGCCCUCCUUAUACGGAGACCCAAACCACCCCAACAAAUUUUACCUACCCCGGAAUCUUACUGGCUACCUCGAGUGCCACGUUGAUGCCAAUCCCCCAGUCAGCACAAUCGUCUGGUCAAAAAAUGGCUCUCCUGUAAACUCGCAUUCCAAUCCUAGAUACCAGGUUGAUACAAACGGAACGCUAGUGAUUAGAGAUGUGCGAAAUUCUGAUGAAGGUCUGUACACAUGCCAGCCCUAUUCUUUUCUGGGGGCCGGAAAUACGUCAGAGCUGUUUCAGGUCUACGUCAGAGGGACAGAAAAUGAAAACAGACUGCCUUCACUGAUAACGGUCUUCCAUAAUGGAUGCCUCGUCUCGUCUCGUCUCGAUACGUCUCGUCUCGAUAUGCCUCGUCUCGUCUCGACAUCUCCCGUUUCGUCUCGAUAUUUUUCCUACCACAUUCUCGAACGGCAUCAUCGUCACUGGGUGACGCCGAUAUAA